GAACACUGAUCAUGCAGUUACGACCACCAAGGCACAUCUUGCCUUUUCCUUUUGAUACAGAAGAUGCUAGACGAACAUACUUGUUACUUCUGGUCAUCAAUGCUAGGAGAUCCUUUUACUUCUAGCUCUAAUCUUUACCUACUCCUUGACUCGCAAGCACUUCGCGCGCGAUCAUGACAAGACGGGCAUAACGCGGGAUGAUGCGGACGAGGCCAGAUCAUUGCUCGUGGUGGGCAAAGCCGACGCAUCGUCCGAUCAGGGCUUUACGCUGUUCAAGG